CGCGCGGCGCGGGCCGGGGGGCGCCAUGCGGCUGCUGCGGUGGCUCGGGAAGCGCGCGGCGCUGGCCGGCGUGCCCACCUACAUCGAGCACUUCAGCAAGUUCUCGCCGUCGCCUCUUUCCAUGAAGCAGUUCCUGGACUUCGGUUCCAGCAAUGCCUGUGAGAAGACCUCCUUCGCUUUCCUGCGACAGGAGCUGCCCGUCCGCCUCUCCAACAUCAUGAAAGAGAUCAACCUGCUGCCAGACCGUGUCCUGCACACCCCCUCUGUGCAGCUGGUGCAGAGCUGGUACGUCCAGAGCCUGCUGGAUAUCAUGGAGUUCCUCGACAGGGACCCUGAGGACCAGGCCACCCUGGGACAGUUCACCGAUGCCCUGGUCACCAUCCGCAACCGGCACAACGAUGUGGUGCCCACCAUGGCGCAGGGGGUGAUCGAGUACAAGGAGGCCUAUGGAGACGACCCCGUCUCCAACCAGAACAUCCAGUACUUCCUCGACCGCUUCUACCUGAGCCGCAUCUCCAUCCGCAUGCUCAUCAACCAGCACACGCUGCUUUUCGACGGCAGCACCAACCCUGCGCACCCCAAGCACAUUGGCAGCAUCGACCCCCACUGCAACGUGGCCAACGUGGUGCAAGAUGCCUACAACAUGGCCAAGCUGCUGUGUGACAAGUACUACAUGUCCUCACCCGACCUGGAGAUCGAGGAGGUGAAUGCCAGCAACUCCCAGCAGCCCAUCAGCAUCGUCUAUGUCCCCUCCCAUCUCUACCACAUGCUCUUCGAGCUCUUCAAGAACGCCAUGCGAGCCACCGUGGAGAGCCACGAGAGCAGCCCACGGCUGCCACCCGUCAAGGUGAUGGUGGCCCUGGGCCAGGAGGACCUCUCCAUCAAGAUGAGUGACCGGGGCAUGGGCGUCCCCCUGCGUAAGAUCGACCGUCUCUUCAGCUACAUGUACUCCACGGCACCCACACCACAGCUGGGCACAGGGGGGGCCCCCCUGGCCGGUGCCCCUCUGGCCGGCUUUGGCUACGGGUUGCCUAUCUCCCGCCUCUACGCCAAGUACUUCCAGGGGGACCUGCAGCUCUUCUCCAUGGAGGGCUUCGGCACUGACGCUGUCAUCUACCUGAAGGCCCUGUCCACAGACUCGGUGGAGCGACUGCCUGUGUACAACAAGUCGGCGUGGCGGCACUACCAGGCGAGCCAGGAGGCGGGGGACUGGUGUGUCCCCAGCACCGAGCCCAAGAACACAUCCACCUACCGCGUGCCCUAAGGCCCCCAGGGGCUCCUCCCCUGCCUGCCGUAGCCCCCCGGGCUCCCUGCCUGCCCCCCAGGCUCCCCGGGGGGAUGUUUGAUGCCAACGUGGUGUUUCAGGGUCCCAGUUCUGCCUCUCGCCGCCGCCAGGGCUGUUGGGGCUCACUGGGAAGUGUGUGGUGGGGUCCCAGUGGAGUGAGGGGGUCCAAGCACCCACCCCCCUCCCCCUUGGUGGCACUUAGGUACGUAGCAGGGGGUGGUGCUGGGGCAGAAUGGAGGGGGUAGAACCUCUGUUACCCCCUCCACCCCCAACCUUGGCACCCACCCCAGGGUGUGCACCCUAUGGGGAUCCAACAGAGGUAGGGGACUGGUCCUUUCCCAGUAUAACCAGUGGCACUUGUCUUGCCUGCUCCUCCAGCCCUGACAGGGUGGGAGGACUGGGCCUGAGUCCCUUCAGCUCCCUGCACCGUCCCUGGCAUUGCACUACUGAGCUGUUCUCACCUGCACGUGCCCUCCCCACUCUGCACCCCCAGGGUGGGUUCCCCACACGUGCUUUGACCCGCUCUGGACGCUCCCCUGCCCUCCCAGACUCCCCCACUGCUGUCACUAAAUUGAAUGUGGACUGA